AUGGCGACGUCGGCGCGCGACGUCGGCGCGAGGGACGACUCGCGAGACGCGGUGACGGCGUUCGCGAGCGCGGGGGCGGCGUCGCUCGCGAGCGCGGUGUAUUUCUGGAGGAAACGCGCGACGAUGCCUUUUAAAAUCAGCGCCGCGGCGACGUGGUUGACCGCGGGACCGGCGGCGGUGCUGUGGUACGCCCCGUCGCGGGCGUCGCUGGAGCGGGAGUUGGCGGAGAAGGCGGCGGCGCGAGGGGCGAGCGCGCGCGAGGACGCGAUACGGCGCGACGGGGUCGCGGCGGCGAGGACGCUGUUGGAGAAGAGAGCGAGCGAGGAAAGCUAG